AUGGAUCCAGUUAAUUCCACUAAUAAAGAUGAUGCAUCAGUAUAAGCAAGGGCAAGGAGGAGAAGGAAUGAUCAAAGUAGCAGGGAUUACACAUGCGGGUGUGGGAAGAGCUAUUUGAGUUAUCCCGCACUAUAUACACAUUUGAAGUAUUGCAACUUGUAUAUGGGGAGACAAAAACAUCAGGGAAGUCCUCCUCAAGGUACAACCUAACCUAAUAAUAUGAAUCCUAAAGCAAAUAGGGGCAGACCUAAGAGAUUGGAUGAAAACGACUUGAAGGAAGGAAAAUCAGACGACGAAAGAUCAAUCAGCAUUAAUGAACCAGAUGAAACUAUUGAAUAAGUCCUCCUCUUUUUAGAUAGUAUUGGCAAUUUUAGAUCUGGCACCAAAUAUGAGAAAGAGGAAGAAAAAUAACUUUAUUUAUUGAAUAGCUUUCCCAAAGACUAUUUUAUUAGUAAUCAGGAUUAUUAAUCCAUCUAUAAUAAUAUCAAGGACAUUACAAAUGAAAGAGUAAAAAAUCCAGAUCAGGAUCCUCUCAUGAAGGAGGAAAUUGAUAAAGACAAAAACAUCAAGAAAACGUAAAUCAGUAAAAUAUUGGCCUAUUUUCUUGUGGCUAUUGGUCCUUUAUUGAAUGAAGAUGCUUAUAAGGAAAUCGCGACCUUCAUUGUUUUAUUCUCUAUUGCACUUAAUGAAACGGGUUAUCAGGCUCUCUAAAAUUAUGAGUAGGAAUAAUAUCAGCAGGGAGAUACUGAUAAAAAAACUUAAUCACUAGUUAAACAAGACUAAAAUAUGAAUGCAGCAUAUUGCGAGGAAUAAAAUGGUGAACACAUCUUAUUAAUAACAAAUGAAUUUAUAUUGUCAUUUUUACCCUAGAACUUUCCUAAAUUGGGGAAUAUUGAAAAAACAUUCAGGAUAUUCGGUAGUCCAGAUGAAAAACUAAAAAAUGCUGUUUAUGUUACUUAACAUUUAUCUUAUUGGUUGUAUGCUAUGAAAUUUACUAACUCAAGAUUAGCUCUAUAUACGGAUGAUGAUUAAUGA